AAGUCGCACCCUAGCGACUAGUCCCUUCCUCUGCCAAUCCGCUUUAGGGGGAGACAGAACCACAGAGAGAGAGAGAGAGGGAAAAAGAGGUAUGGGGUUAGGGUUUCUAAUUAGGUUAAUGUGCGUAUGCAGCUCAAUCGUAUUUCCAGUGAGUGCUUCAAUCCAUGAGUACAGAAACGAGGCGUUUAUUCCUCAAUCAAACGCCUCCUUCUUCCAUGGCGGCAGUGAAGGGCUUUACGCUUCUAAGGAUCACAAUUUGUCCACUUCCCUAAACGACAAAUCCCUAAAGGGCAAGUCCUUUAUCAGGUUUGAAACGGUCACUUUUGUGAGGACAAAAGAGUCUGCUAGUAAGCAGAAUGAGAUGCAUCCGAACACUGGGUUGGUGGAAGCUAUCAUACUUGAGGUAAAAGACAGGGAAAGGAUCGGAGGUUCUUUCCUGAAGUCUAAUGCGAUAUGCUGCAACCCGAGUCUUGCAGACUCUGGAUCCUGCAAAUUAGGAGAGGUUAUUAUACAAAAAAGUGUGGACAAUCCCAAGUGGCCUAGACGCAUCCAAACUUCCUUUGAAGGAAUCAGGGAAGAAGUUACAAUGAAGAAUACUGAAGUUGAAAUAAGUAGUACUGGAAUGUACUACCUCUAUUUUAUGUCCUGUGAUCCAUUACUCAAGGGCACAAGAAUCAAAGGAAGGACUGUGUGGAGAAACCCAGAUGGUUAUUUACCUGGGAAGAUGGCUCCUUUGAUGACAUUCUAUGGUUUUAUGUCUUUAGCUUACCUUGCACUUGGCCUAAUCUGGUUUAUAAGGUUUGUUCAGUUAUGGAAGGAUAUCACACAGUUGCACUACCACAUUACAGCUGUAAUUGCUCUUGGAAUGUGUGAAAUGGCUGUCUGGUACUUUGAAUAUGCCAACUUCAAUUCAACUGGAAGCCGACCGAUGGCGAUUACUUUGUGGGCUGUAACUUUCAGCUCUGUCAAGAAAACUGUGUCUCGCCUUCUUCUUUUGGUGGUUUCAAUGGGCUAUAGUGUUGUGAAGCCGACACUUGGUGGUAUAUCCUCUAAAGUACUUAUUCUUGGCAUAAUAUAUUUCAUUGCUACUGAGGCACUUGAGCUAGUUGAACAUUUGGGGAACAUUAAUGAUUUUUCUGGGAAUACAAAGUUAUUUUUGGUUCUGCCCGUUGCUUUCCUGGAUUCCUGCUUUAUUCUGUGGAUUUUUUCGUCAUUAGCAAGAACUUUAGAGAAACUUCAGAUGAGGAGAAACAUGGCUAAACUGGAGCUUUUCCGCAAAUUUACCAAUUCUCUUGCAGUGUUUGUUAUUCUCUCUAUCGCGUGGAUAGGCUUUGAGCUCUACUUCAAUGCAACGGACCCAUUGAGUGAGCUGUGGCAAAUUGCCUGGAUCAUUCCAGCGUUCUGGAGUCUACUUGCAUACUCUCUCUUGGUGGUAAUAUGUGUUCUUUGGGCUCCUUCACAAAACCCAACUAGAUAUGCAUACUUAGAGGAGACAGGAGACGAUUUUGAGGAGGAGGGUAUAUCGUUGACAACGGGAGGGAUGAAGGUGGGUGGGGAUAUGGUGGCUAAGCUGGAAAGGAAGGAAAGGAAAGGGUCCAGUGCGACGGACCUUGUGUAUGGGCUUGGAGAAGAUGUCGAGGAAGAUAAACGAGAAUAGACGUGUUACUGCCCCUGUGAAGGGGUGAAGGUGGGGUUCUUCUAGAAAUCUGUAAAUCUCGAUGUAUAAACCGCGAUGUAUGCAGAAAGGAGUUAUAAAUGAGAGAAGGAAAUGCAAAGAUUCAGACUGGACUUGUUACAUAAUUACAGCAUCUUCUCUUUUGGUAAUGAGAUAUAUAGCUCUAAAUUGCACGCAA